AUGGAAAUGAGAGAGACCUCAAGAAGAUCCACGGGGACCCAUUUUGUCGAUAUCCACGAAGUACACGACGAAGAAGAAGAAGAAGUAGACGAUGAGUUCGUCGGCCAAGGAGAUCACAAGCCCGCGAAAACCGACGACAAACAAGAAAAACGCCUCAGAAAACCGACCAAACCGACAAAAAGGCCCAACCGGGACUUCAGCCGGCAGGUCUCGUUGGAAACCGGAUUCUCCAAGCUCAACGGCGAGACCAAAACUCUGUCGAGAAGCGGAAACAGUUUCGGAGGAUUUGGAUCCUCACACAGAAUCGGCCUCCCCGAAGGCAGGAAUAACAAAGGCGAUUUCAGAAUGUUCCGGACUAAAUCGAACCUCGUCAGUCAGAACUCCAAGCUCCCGUUGCGAAAAGAGAGUGGGCUCAUCGACCAUAACAACAUGUCGGGCCCGCUGAAUGAGCCUCUCGACCAAAGUGUGCCUGCCGGGAGAUACUUUGCUGCUCUCAGGGGCCCUGAACUGGACGAAGUGAAGGAUUCGGAAGACAUACUCUUACCGAAAGACGAAACGUGGCCCUUUCUCCUCCGCUUCCCAAUCGGUUGCUUCGGCAUCUGCCUCGGGCUCAGCAGCCAGGCCAUCCUCUGGCGGGCCCUCUCGAUGAGCCCCGCCACGUCAUUCCUCCACGUCACACCGCUCGUCAACCUCGCCAUCUGGCUCCUAGCUGUCACCGCCCUCGUGGCGGUCUCCGCCACCUAUGCCCUCAAGUGCGCCUUCUACCUCGAGGCCGUGAAGCGCGAGUACUUCCACCCGGUCCGGGUCAACUUCUUCUUCGCCCCGUGGGUCGCCUGCAUGUUCCUCGCCAUAGGGCUGCCGCACAGGAUCGGGGCCCGACUCCACCCGUCCCUUUGGUGCGCGUUCGCAGGCCCUGUUAUUCUCCUCGACCUCAAGAUUUACGGGCAGUGGCUCUCCGGCGGGAAGAGGCGGCUGAGCAAGGUGGCCAACCCGUCUUCCCAUCUCUCGGUGGUCGGGAACUUUGUCGGGGCUGUGCUGGCGGCAGAGGUCGGGUGGGCCGAGGCCGGGAAGUUUUUGUGGGCCGUGGGGUUCGCGCACUACCUUGUGGUGUUCGUCACUCUGUACCAACGGCUUCCCACGAGCGAGGCCUUGCCGAAAGAGCUCCACCCGGUUUACUCCAUGUUCAUAGCGACCCCGGCUGCAGCAAGCAUUGCUUGGGGCGCGAUUUACGGAGAAUUUGAUGGGCUUGCCCGGACGUGCUUCUUUAUAGCCCUUUUUCUAUACUCAUCGCUCGUUGUUCGAAUCAACUUCUUCAGGGGAUUUAGGUUUUCGAUUGCGUGGUGGUCUUAUACUUUCCCCAUGACGACCGCCUCGAUAGCUACCAUCAAAUACGCGGAGGAAGUCCCGUGUGUAGUGAGCAGAGGACUUGCUUUGGCGCUUUCGUUCAUGUCAUCGACUAUGGUUUUUGUGUUGCUUGUUUCCACGGUUUUUCAUGCUUUCGUGUGGAAGACUUUGUUCCCCAAUGACCUCGCGAUAGCUAUAACGACGAAAAAGCAAGGGAAGGAGAGGAAAUCGGUGAAAAGGACGUAUGAUAUAAGGCGAUGGGCGAACAUGGGAAAGAACGGUUCGGAAGGUAAGGGCUCUGAGGGUGAUAAGGAGAAGCUGUUUGAUAAGAGAGCUUAUCUCCCUCUUCCACCACCACCGGCGGCAGCGAUGAGGGUGGUGGUGCCCUUGCAAGGAAUCGUGCAGGGCCACGGGGGCCUUUUCUUGUGCUCGGUCAUCCCCUGCGCCCUCUUCUAUUUCCUCCAGCUGUACCUCAAGAUCAGUGAGGGUGGCGGCGACAGCCGCCGGAUGGUGUUAUUCAGCUCUGUUUGGCUGAGGACAGGGUCGGUUUUUUUGACGAAUUCAAAAGAUUUGAUUGUCUUUGCAAUUUUGCAUGCUCAUUUCUUGUGUGUUAUUGUAUUGCUUUUAUGUGUCAGGUAA